AUUAAAAAAGCCAUCCACAAAAAGCAACCAAUCCUGUGGCCUUCAUUUCCAUUGCCGUACUCUCUUGCAUUGUUUUCUCUCUCCUAAAAGCGCUGUCUGUGUUCUUCGAUCAUCGUAGCACUUGUUGAGUCAUGAGUAACGAAGAGGGGAAGAAGUGUCCUUUGUGUGCUGAAGAGAUGGACUGGACCGAUCAACAGUUGAAGCCUUGCAAAUGUGGUUACGAGGUAUGUGUUUGGUGUUGGCAUCAGAUAAUGGACAUGGCAGAAAAAGUAAAAUCUGAGGGUCUUUGUCCUGCUUGUCGGACACCUUAUGACAAGAAAAAGAUUGUAGGAAUGGAGGAAAACUGUGAAAGGUUGAGGUCAAUAAAGAAAGAUCAGAAGAAUGUAGUGCAGAAGGUAAAACCAAAGAAGGUUGAGGUAAAGAAGGACCUAACUAAUGUCAGAGUUAUUCAGCGGAGAAUGGCUUAUGUAAUUGGUCUUCCGCUGAGUCUAGCUGAUGAAGAUCUCCUGCAACGGAAAGAAUAUUUUGGCCUGUAUGGAAAAGUUUCAAAGGUUUCUUUGUCUCGGACUUCAGGAGGAACUAUUCAGCAAUUUGUUAAUGACUCUUGUAGUGUGUAUAUUACUUACUCAAAAGAGGAGGAAGCAAUUCGUUGUAUUCAAUCAGUCCAUGGUUUUCUUCUGGAUGGUAGAUUGUUAAGAGCAUCAUUUGGAACUGCAAAGUAUUGCCAUGCAUGGUUGAGAAACAUGCCUUGCACAAAUCCUGCUUGCUUAUAUUUACAUAAAAUUGGGGCUGAAGAAGAUAGUUUUAGUAAAGAUGAAGAAGCUGCACUACAUACAAGGAAUAGAGUUCAACAAAUUGUGGGUGCAGCACGGCCCAUGCAAUGGCGCUCAGGAGUUAAGUUACCUCCGCCUCUAGAUCAACAAAUUGAUCCUUUCAAUCCUCAAAAAGAGUUGCAACCUUCUGCUGUAAGUCCCAACAGCAUGUCAUCACUUUUGUCUAAAGAGAAGGAUGGAGUAAAAACAACAAAUAGUCUGACAAGUUUUGUAGAUAUUGUUGGUCGCUGCACUGUUGAUCCAGAUAAAGAAGCUUAUGUUGAUGAUAGUAAUAACAAGAUUUCUCAAUUAUGUUCUGACUUUGGUUCAGUUAACAUUGACCAAUCUAAUUGCAGUGAAUCUAAAUAUCUUGAUAUUACUAUACAUGACGUCGACUCACCUUUCAGAGAUAUUAGAGUGCCUGGAAACAAUGCCAUUGAUGGAAGUUCAAACUUGCCAGCACUUGGACGAUCUGGUUUUACCCCUACUAAUAAUAAUACAAGCAUUGGAGGACAGCCUUGUGGAAAUUAUUUUGAAGAUCAAGAUUUUCUGCCAUUUGAAGAUAAGAGCUUGGAGUUUUCUGAGGGCUUGGAUCCUUCUUCCAUCCAAACUUCAUCUCUUCCUACGAGGACAUCAAAUCAUUCUAACAGUUAUCUUUGGCAAGGAAAUGAUCGCUUGGGAAUUAAUUGCAGUGCGGGUGGGAACUAUGUAAAUAAUCAUCCUGAUGAAACUUCUAUACCUAAAUAUGUAUCGUCUUACAGUGAGAACGAAAGCCAAAUUUCUUCCAUAUCUGAUGGGUAUCUUAGACUGUCCACUUCAUUUGCCAAUGAUGAAAUCAUUGAACAGCUAAGAAGGCUUGAAGAUGGUAAUAAUACAGCUUACAAUGAUGAGAACUCUGCAUAUGAUGCAGCAGUUGAAAGCAGCAUAAUCUCCAAUAUUUUAUCCAUGGAUUUAGACUCAUGGGAUGAUUCUGUCAACCUGUCUCACAGCAAAGGUGACUUGCUUGAUGGAGCUGAUAGGUUGCGUGGUUCUUGGAAAUAUCAAGGUGGUAGCCAGAAGUCUAGGUUUUCAUUUGCAACAGAUGAUGGUUCUCGGAAUAAAGUACCCUACAUAGACCCAUCUUUUGAUCAUCUGACUAGUAUUACUAAACAGCCAAACCUGGAGCAGGUCUUUCAUGGGAAACCACCGCAUAAUGUGUCGAGGUCACAUAGCUUAAAAGGUCCACCAGGAUUUCCAGUACCAUAUAGAGAACCACCCCCGGGAUUUUCUUGUGAGAAAACAAACCAAAUCCCCCCAAGUGCUGCUGCCUCUGGUAGUUCAUUCUUGAGGACGUUAUCCUUUCCGAAUGAUCUUCGCUAUGGUGGAACUUCAUCUGGAAUGGUUCACAAUGGAUAUGAUGAUCCUACUUCCAAUUUGAUGAUGGGUAGGCAGUUGUUUAGUUCAGGACUAGGUUCUAGGCAAGUAGAACCGAGUAAUAGUAGCAUGAUGAUGUAUGAAGAGGAUGCUGCAAGUAGACAUUGGCUUUUGAAUCAUCAUCAACAGCAACAACAACUACAAUAUCCUCCUCCUCCUAAUAACAAUAAUAAUUAUGAAGUGGAAGUUUCUGCCAGGAAUAAUGGUGGUGCUUAUGGAUCUAUUGGGAGGCAGCAACAACAGCAGCAGCAGCACUAUAAUGUUGAUCAUCAAGCUCGCAAUCAUCAUCAUGCCUACAACACUUACGGUACUGAUUCUAAUUCUGGUUUGAAAUACUACAACAAUGGGUGCAUGUCAAAUGGGUAUGUAAUACCGGCUUUGGAAGAGGUACACACUGUUAAUGGAAACGAAGCUGCGUCAAUGGGAGGCGAGAUUGGGAGAAAUGAAAAGGCGGUUGGAUUCAAUAGUUUCUAUGGAGAUUCAAUGUUACAAAUGCCUACCUCCUCCUCCCGCAAUAUAUAUGGUGGGGUAUAUGGGUUAUAAAUCUAUCAAUCAUUCUGCAAUUUCUCAGACUUUUAUGGAUCCUUUUAAUGGUGGUGGUAGUAGUACUCUUCUAUGUUUGCUUAUUAACUGCAUAUCGUUUAUAUAUAGUAUAGAUAUGGAUUUGAUUUGUUUUAAUUCUGUAUUGUCAAAUUAGUUUUUGGAGA